GCUAGGUGUUGUGGUAGAGUCAUGCAUUGACCCGUCUUUCCCUGCAUCUUCCAGCUUGUGUGGACAUGCAUCUCUGCAUUGCAGUUGAGUUGGUUGACUUGACAGCACCCGACUGUCUCGCACAUCGCAAUGAAGUUCGCGAGAGGCUCAUCAAGUUUUCAGUUGCGCUCCGUGUUGGCUCCUGCUCAAUUGACAACGGAGCGGAAUGCAUCCCUAGGAUCAAUGCAAAAUGCAAGGGAGAUCUAUCCUACCUGCAUUUCCGGCUUGCAUAGGCGGUGCAACUCAUCGGAUCCUUUGGCAGCAUACAUGCUGAAAGUCUUUCCGUGGCAUCUUCCCGUGGAGGCCGCUGCCUGGGGACUUGAACUGGGAAAGGCCCAGCAGAGUGCCGCAUCCGUUCUGAAUGUUAGUCAGAUCCGAGUUCUAUUGGACAUGCCCGUGGCCGAUUUGAGGGUCCGAGCGUCUGUAGAAUAUUCACGGAAUAGUUUACCGACAUUCACUGGUCCAAGCAUUGAGGGCAAUACUCCAUUUUUUGAUUACGGGAACCCCUUGACAAAGCUAGAGGCCGCGACCAUGCAGAGCAUUCUUUGCACUAUCCCCUUGACAAAUGGGGAAGAAAAGCAUACAAGGGAACUAUAAACCAUGUCUCUGUGAGGAGCUUAUCAGGUCUUCUUUCUUCCAACCCAGAAACUCCCAUCAAUCAACUCCGUAAGUAUACCGAGUGCCAGAUCCUUGCUUUUUUCGCCAAACGCCCAGC